AUGAUUGAUGCGACCGAGGUGGGCUAAAGCCGACCCAAGUCGGGUCGACUUUUUUUGGGUUUACUUAAAGUCGAGAUCUUAAGGUCGAGAUUUUUUGUAUUUUUUAUUCAUUUGCUUCUAUUUUUUGGAUCUCGAUUUCUCCUAAAGUCGCGAAGAUGCCGAAUCUUAAAAUCACUACCCUUCUCGGCCCUCUACUUCUCCAAGGCGUACAAGCCUCAUUAUACGGAGAAAGUAGUCUCAACCACACCUGCGAAUUGAGUAAGUACUGAGCACCCCUUCACAAUCGCAUCAACAAAACACCUAACAAAACAUAAGAAACACCCUAUCUCUCCUGUUCCAAAAAUGCCACUCCGGACCUGACCGAUUCCUGCUGUACGGAAACAUUCGGCGGUCUACUCCUCAGCACCCAGUUUUGGGAUACGUAUACGGGGCGUGAAGCAGAGGGUCAAUUGUUACCUCAGAAUUCGUGGACGUUGCAUGGGCUUUGGCCGGAUUUUUGUAAUGGCUCUUAUACGCAGUAUUGUGAUUUGAGGUUUGUUUAUCCUAUGCAAUUGCAAACUUCUCGGGUGCGGGACUAAAGCUGAGGAUAUCUAGUCGUCAAUAUGAUCCUGAGCCCUCUCCUAAUACCACCACUGGGACGUCGAGCGGUACUCCCGUGCCUCCUUAUACCGGCAAACCCAUUUCGGAUAUUAUUCAGCAAUAUGGAAAAUAUGAUCUUCUCGCAUACAUGAACAAGUACGUAUAGACUCUCUCCUCGGCCCAUCUGCUCCUUCGCACAAAACUAACCCUCACAACCUAGAUACUGGAUCGCGCAAUUAACACCUAAUUGGCACCUCUGGGCCCACGAAUUCUCCAAACACGCAACCUGCUUCUCCACCUUCGAUACCCCCUGCUACGGACCCUUCUUUAACCAAACUCCCCACGCAGAUCUCAUCUCCUUCUACACCACCGCCCUCUCCUACUACUCUACACUCCCUACCCAUACUUUCCUCUCCAGACACCAUAUUAUACCCUCAAAUACAACUACCUACACACUAUCUGCUCUGCAGUCAGCAUUGAAGAAGGAAUCUGGUGCAGUACCUUAUUUAGGAUGUUCGGGGCCGAAAUUCAAUGCUACGGUUGAGGGCAAGGGGAGUUUGGAUGAUGGACAUACGGUGGUUAAUGAGGUGUGGUAUUAUUUUUAUGUGCUGGGGCGUGUGCAGGAUGGAAGGAGGGUACCCGUGGGUGCGGAUGUCAAUGGGGGGAGUAUUAGUAGUUGUGCUACUACGAAGGGAGCGUUGAGGUAUUUGGAGCGGAGUGAGGGGUCUGUGAGAGAGGGGAGUGGAAAAUAUGGAUUAGAGGGGGUUUUGGGAUCAUGAUGUGAUGUGAUGUAAUUUUAGGAUAUUGUAUAUGUAUAUAUGUAUAUGGAUGGCAUAGUAUAUAAGUUAA